UGGGUUAAGCUUUGAUGGCACCGGACUUUAUCGACUACUUUACUAGUCUGAUCAAGAAAAAGGUCCCAUAGCCCUUAUUAGCCCUCAGCCCUCAGCCGAACAAGUCGUUAGCAUUCCUUACUACGUACGUUGUGUGAAUCUCGGCAUUCAUUUGUCUGAGAUGGAGAACCUGAUCGGUUUGCUUAGAAUUCAUAUCCAGAAAGGGGUGAACCUUGCAGUCAGGGAUGUCAGAAGCAGUGACCCUUAUGUUAUUGUCAAAAUGGGCAGGCAGAAGCUGAAGACUCGUGUAGUGAAGAAGAACAUCAAUCCGGAGUGGAAUGAAGAUCUGACUCUUUCUAUUGCAGAUCCAAUUGUUCCUAUCAAGCUGUUUGUGUACGACAAAGAUACAUUCAGUCUCGAUGAUAAAAUGGGGGAUGCUGAGUUUGAGAUUGGUCCAUUUCUUGAAGCCUUAAGGGCCCGCUUGGAAGGCCUUCCAAAUGGAACCAUAAUCACCAAAGUACAACCGGACCGGCAAAACUGUCUUGCUGAAGAGAGUUGCAUUAUCUGGACGGACGGCGGAGUAGUUCAAAAUAUGGUUCUUAGGCUGCGAAACGUGGAGUGUGGUGAGGUGGAACUCCAGUUGCAGUGGAUUGACAUUCCUGGUUCCCGGGGUUUGUAGAUCACGUCUGCUCUCUAUUAAGAUGUUGUUUUAGAGCAAUUCUCAGCAAAUAGGUAUUUUCAUGGUAUCGUUCUGGUAGAGUAGUCACAGUUGGUCGUCUCUUGUUACCCUUUUAAAUAGAUAAAAAAAAAAAAAGAAAAAAAAAAAGAAAAAAGUUAUUUUAGUUUGUACAGUGUGCGAGAAUCCUUGUAAUAGAAUGAAAAUGACUGUGAGCAUCUCUAGCAACUUGUCUAAAACCUUUAUAUUGUGUAUAUUUAGUUAAUAUGAGUAAAAAAUUACGUUCAACAAAGUGUUUUCCUAUUAUCUAAAA